AUAAAGAAGAAUGUGUUCCAUUACCCACUGAUUAUUUUGACAAGAGAAGAAAUCAGUGAGGCUGUACAGCUCCAAUCUACCUGUCAAAUGUUUUGCAUCUUUCUGGGAAAACAGCAAAAGAAAGAAGUUAAUGAGCUAUUGUGUAAUUUACCCAGAUCGCCUAGCAGUGGCAGCAGACCAGGUAGACUGUCCCAAGGAGAAAAACUGCAGACACCUGAGCAUAAACCAGUAUAAAACAGCUCUGACCUGACAGCUAACACAAAAGACUUUGACUCUGAGGUACAAGGUAGACUCGGCCCUCUUUGCCUGCAUUUUGCUGUGCAAACCUGCUUCAUGAAAUGGAAUGAAGUUGAACAGUCCUUCUUUGUCCUUCUUUUGUCCUUCCUUGCAUGUGACUCUCAGAGAACAUUGGGAUGAUUUCACGUGUGCAUAACUAGAACCCUUACUGCAGCGAUGAGUUCAGACGAGAAGGGCAUAUCCCCUGCUCAUAAAACAUCCACCCCCACCCACAGAAGUACCUCAUCGUCCACGCCCUCUCAGAGAGAAAGUCGGCAGAGUAUCCACAUACUGGAGAGGACUGCUUCCUCCAGCACAGAGCCUUCUGUAAGUCGGCAAUUGCUAGAACCAGAGCCAGUCCCCCUCUCCAAGGAAGCUGACAGCUGGGAAAUUAUAGAAGGACUGAAAAUAGGCCAAACUAAUGUCCAGAAACCAGACAAACAUGAGGGAUUUAUGCUGAAGAAAAGAAAAUGGCCUUUAAAAGGCUGGCACAAGAGAUUUUUUGUCCUGGAUAAUGGAAUGUUAAAGUAUUCAAAGGCACCACUUGAUAUUCAAAAAGGGAAAGUUCAUGGGAGCAUAGAUGUUGGACUGUCCGUCAUGUCAAUUAAAAAGAAAGCUCGGCGAAUAGACCUCGACACGGAGGAGCACAUCUACCAUUUGAAGGUGAAAUCCCAGGACUGGUUUGAUGCUUGGGUCGCCAAACUCCGCCAUCACCGAUUGUAUCGUCAGAAUGAAAUUGUGAGAUCACCAAGAGAUGCUAGUUUUCACAUAUUUCCCGCAACCUCUACAGCUGAGUCCUCCCCAGCUGCAAAUGUUUCUGUCGUAGAUGGAAAGGCGCAAUCAAACAGCUUUCCAUGGCAGUCCCCUUUACCAAGCAGCAGUAGUCUCCCUGCUACCUGCACAACUGGCCAGAGCAAAGUGGCGGCCUGGCUACAGGACUCAGAAGAAAUGGACAGAUGUGCAGAAGAUCUUGCACACUGUCAGUCAAACCUUGUGGAACUUAGCAAACUACUGCAAAAUUUGGAGAUUCUUCAGAGAACUCAGUCAGCACCUAACUUUACUGAUAUGCAGGCUAACUGUGUAGAUAUUUCAAAGAAAGACAAGCGAGUCACAAGACGCUGGAGAACAAAAAGUGUCAGCAAAGAUACAAAAAUACAACUGCAGGAAGGGCCACCUGCGAAGGGCCAGUUCAGCACAACUCGGCGCCGGCAGAGGCUAGCGGCAGCAGUGGCUACAACAGUUCCAUUCAGUGCUACCAUGUCACCGGUUCGCCUGCACUCCUCCAACCCCAACCUCUGUGCAGAUAUUGAAUUUCAGACUCCCCCUAGUCACCUCCCUGACCCUCUGGAAAGUUCAACAGAUUAUACAAAGCUACAAGAAGAAUUUUGUCUAAUUGCACAGAAAGUGCAUUCUCUCUUGAAGUCUGCAUUUAACAGCAUAGCUAUAGAGAAAGAGAAGCUGAAGCAGAUGGUUUCUGAACAGGAUCAUAACAAAGGCCAUAGCACGCAGAUGGCCCGGCUCCGGCAGUCACUGUCUCAGGCACUAAACCAGAAUGCUGAACUAAGGAGUCGGCUGAACAGAAUACAUUCAGAGUCUAUUAUUUGUGAUCAGGUUGUCAGUGUAAAUAUUAUUCCUAGCCCAGAUGAGCCUGGUGAGCAAAUCCAUGUCAGUCUCCCCCUGUCACAACAAGUAGCCAAUGAGAGCCGCCUAUCCAUGUCAGAGUCCGUAUCUGAGUUUUUUGAUGCUCAAGAGGUGCUUCUGUCCGCAAGCUCAUCAGAGAAUGAGGCAUCAGAUGAUGAGUCUUACAUCAGUGAUGUGAGUGAUAACAUAUCUGAAGACAAUACUAGUGUUGCGGACAACAUCUCUCGGCAAAUCCUGAAUGGGGAGCUUACAGGAGGCGCCUUCCGGAAUGGCCGUCGUACUUGCCUGCCUGCCCCUUGCCCUGACACCAGUAACAUUAACUUGUGGAAUAUCUUGAGGAACAACAUCGGCAAAGACCUGUCAAAAGUCUCCAUGCCUGUGGAACUCAAUGAGCCACUCAACACCCUGCAGCAUCUCUGUGAGGAGAUCGAGUACAGUGAGCUACUGGACAAGGCAUCGGAGACAGAUGAUCCAUAUGAGCGCAUGGUUCUUGUUGCUGCAUUUGCAGUUUCAGGAUAUUGCUCCACCUAUUUCAGAGCAGGAAGUAAGCCAUUCAACCCAGUCCUUGGAGAGACUUAUGAAUGCAUUAGAGAAGACAAAGGAUUCCGAUUUUUCUCAGAACAAGUUAGCCAUCAUCCACCCAUUUCUGCCUGUCACUGUGAAUCAAAGAAUUUUGUGUUUUGGCAAGAUAUCAGAUGGAAAAACAAGUUCUGGGGAAAGUCAAUGGAAAUCCUGCCUGUGGGAACACUGAAUGUCAUGCUUCCAAAGUAUGGAGAUUACUAUGUAUGGAAUAAAGUUACCACAUGUAUACACAACAUCCUCAGUGGGAGAAGAUGGAUAGAACAUUAUGGAGAAAUAACCAUUAGAAAUACCAAAAGCAGUGUUUGCAUUUGCAAACUUACAUUUGUCAAGGUGAACUAUUGGAAUUCCAAUGUGAAUGAAGUCCAGGGGGUCGUGAUGGAUCAGGAAGGGAAGGUAGUACACCGGCUGUUUGGGAAAUGGCAUGAAGGGCUCUACUGUGGCGUGGCCCCCUCUGCUAAGUGUAUCUGGAGACCAGGUUCCCUGCCAACCAACUAUGAGCUCUACUAUGGUUUCACGAGGUUUGCCAUUGAGCUCAAUGAGUUAGAUCCUGUACUAAAAGACCUCCUUCCACCAACAGAUGCCCGAUUCAGGCCAGAUCAAAGAUUUUUGGAAGAAGGAAAUUUAGAAGCUGCAGCAGCAGAGAAGCUAAGAGUAGAAGAGCUCCAAAGAUCUCGAAGACGAUACAUGGAAGAAAACAACCUUGAACAUAUACCAAAAUUUUUUAAAAAAGUUAUUGAUGCAAAUCAAAGAGAAGCCUGGGUUUCUAACGACACCUACUGGGAGCUUCGAAAGGACCCUGGGUUUAGCAAAGUAGACAGCCCUGUUCUUUGGUAAACUGGAGACAUUAAGCUAGCAAACAUAUCACACUCUGAAUGAAUAAAUAACUAUGCACAAUUA